AUGUCCAAACAAGAAAAGCCUGUUCUCUACUCUUACUGGCGCAGUUCUUGCUCUUGGAGAGUGCGAAUGGGUGAAAAAAAAAGUUUGUUCCAACAAAACUAAGAAAAUUCAGCUUUGGCUUGGAAAGACAUCGAUUAUGAAUAUAAAACCGUCAAUCUUCUUUCGAAGGAUGACAUGGUUUGUUUCUGUGUGCUCAGCUCGACUUUUUCAUCACUCAAAGAUUUCAGAACGCCCCGGAUUUCAUAGAUGUCAAUCCAGCUCAGAAGGUUCCUGUUUACAUUGACAAGGGAAACGCCAUCACAGAAAGUCUUGCCAUUCUGGAAUAUUUGGAAGAAACUCAUCCGGAAAAGCCUCUUCUGCCAAAGGAUCCUGUGAAAAGAGCCUUGUCUAGAGCCAUUGCUCUUCAGGUAACCGAGUUGAAAAUGAUAGCGUGUGGAUUGGAGAAAGGAUUCAGAUUGGUGCAAACACGCAGCCCCUUCAGAACAUGAGCGUCAUCAAAUAUCUAAACGAGAGAGAGGCAGGCAGCGGAGCAAAGGUGGAAAGUUUUCAGAAUAGAGUUUGUAUCUUUUUUAGUUUGAACUUGUUCUCUACAAAGCCUCCCAAUUGAUUGAGAUCUGAACAAGCCUGAGCGUAGCGAUUUUUCAAUUUUUGCAAUUUACAGAAAUCUUUGAAGAUGAUUUUUUAGUAAAUGUGGAUUUCAAAUCAUUUUCUGAUAUAAAACAACCAAAAUCUAGAAUUUUUGAUUUCUGAACUGAUUACCCGAUAUUUCUCUAGUUGUUGAUUUUCUAAUUUUUUUUCUUUGUGCGUGAAUAUGUAUAUAUUUAUGCUGAGAAAAAUUCAAAAGAGAAAAUAAAGAAGGAAAUAAAGUAAAUAAUUUCAGUGGGCUGCUUUCUGGAUUGAGAAAGGACUUGAUGGAGUCGAAAAAAUGCUGAAAAAAAGCCAUGGGAAAUUCGCCGUCGGCGAUGAAGUUUCUUUUGCCGAUUUGUUCAUUCCGUCUAUUGUCUACAACGCUAAAAGGUGAAAAAAAUAUUUCAAAUAAAAAAAAAUUGUUUUGAAUCAUCUUCAUUGCAAUUUUUGUGAACGAUACAAAAGAAACAUGUUUUUAAUUUCAAACUUAAGAAAAAAGAGAUGCGUUCGUUUGCAGGUUCUUAGUGGAUAUCGACCAGUUCCCAACUCUCCUGAAGGUCAACGAGGCCAUAGAGGAAAUCGAAGUUUUCCAAGCAGCCGUGCCGGAUCGUCAGCUAGACGCAGGACUCAACGCCUGAACCCCCUCCCCCCUCCCGCAAAAAAUCCUUGCCAAAUAAAGUUUCCAAGUUUCUCUGUGCCGCGCAAACAAUACGAAGUCCUUGAAGUAAAUAUCGAGAGACAGUGGGUGCGAGGUGAAUCACCUUUCGGAAAGUAGGUUGACCACAGUCGGUCGCUCAGGUUAGCCGCCUUUCUAAUCAAUAUCUAUUGAGGCAAACCGCUGCACGAGCGAGAAAACUUUGUUGAUACGCUCCAUCUUUUAUCAGUUUGUUGUUGCAGUAAUCUGGACGUUAUAUGGUUUUUUUGAUUUUAUAAUAGUUGCAUCUGGUAUCGCUGCUCCGCUCAAUUAUUUGUAGUUCAUACAAAGAAUUUACAUCUGCAAAAAGGUAAUAAGACGUAAGUAAUAAUUUAUAUUGGAACUCAAAUUCGCUGUGGUUCAAUUGAAUAUUGCUAUCGCGGAUAAUAUCGCGCGUCGUGACGCGUCGUUCCGGUCUGUCCCCAUUCAGACGUAUUGGAGUUCUACCAGCCUCUGACUCAUGUUGCUUUCAGACUCUCGGCCUCCGCUAUGAACAGUUUCAACGCUUUACCUUUUUGCUGUUUGUUUUUUUCUACUUUGGCCCUUUCCAACCUCCCUGAAAGUAAGUUGGAUUCAUUAUGUAUACGAAAAAAAAAAUGGAAUGUCACUAUACACCCAACAUCGUUUUCUAGUUUUUCAAGUCAGUUCAGUAAUCUCAAGGUUUUUUUAUGAGAAUGGCGUAAUUCUUUUUGUGAAGUAAUUUUUGCAGAUUGACGAAAAUCCAAAAAAAAAAAUUGUUGGAGCGUUUUUUUUUCGUUCAAAACUUGAAAAAAAAAGAUGUUAAAACAUUUCAUUUAAAAGAACCAUUUUGAGAAAUUCGAAAAAAUUUUGAAUUUGAAUUUUCAGGCGAUUCUCAAUUAUUCACGUGUUUAAAGUGCACCGGUUUACGAAAUUGCGAUAUUUGUCGUGGACGAUUUUGUUACAAAAUGGUUGCUUUGGGUGAGAUUGAACUUCUUGUUGGACAAAAAUCAAUCAAAGGACACUUCAGAUGAUGACAACACAAACCUGAUAAAAAGGGGAUGUCUUAAUGGAACCGAUGUUUUGUCAAAGGUAUAUUAAUUUUUCAUGUUUUUUUUGCGUUUAUAAAUUCCUGAAACUUUCCAUCAACUAAAUUAUUAACAGUGAAACAUUUUUAUUUAUCAUAUCUCUGCUCUAUUUUUAUAGUCAACAAAGUCGCUUUACAGCAAAAAUUAAAAAAGGAAUCAUUUUCUCACUGAGACUCUUUUUUUUAGUCGGUUUACAACUUUUAAAAGAAGGUUCCUCAAAAUUCGCCGUAUAGGAUAUUUCUUCUAGGGGAAGAAUUAUGUUCCAGGUUGGAGAAUGCUCUGAGCGAUUUGAAAAAACUACCGGUUCGAUAAUACACGAAAAAAUUUGCAUUUGUGCAGACAGAGACAGGUAUUCAACUUGUUUUUCUGAUAAACCUAAGAAAUUCUGAUUAUUUUUCAAAAUAUUGCAGAUGUAAUAGCGUCGAAAUGGAUGGAACACACGUUUAUGUUCUCGUUUCUCUUUUUUUUGCUGUUCUAUUAAAUUAA